CCCCAUUUUAUCUCACCUCUUCCAUCACAAACCCUAAUCCCCACAGAUCUUCAUCAAUGGCAUCCACAACCAAAUCCUUCGUCCAAACCCUAAGGCGCUACAUCAAAAAACCAUGGGAAAUCACCGGUCCAUGCGCCGAUCCAGAGUACAAAUCCGCCAUUCCUCUCGCCGUUGACUACCGGCCGUUUUGUCCGGCCACUGAACCGGCGAAGGCCAUCGUUCCGACCGCCAAUCCGGAGAACGUGUUCGACAUCAAGUACUUCUCUCGCGAUCAACGCCGUAACCGCCCGCCUAUUCGCCGUACUGUGUUGAAGAAAGACGACGUCGUUAAGGCGAUGAAGGAGAAGACGUUUGAUGUUGCGGAUUUUCCUCCGGUGUAUUUGACGAAGGCUGUUGAGGAGGAUUAUAAUGCUUGUGGUGGAGGUUAUUGCAAAUAAUCAGGUAAUCUGGCAGGAUUCUAGAACGAUUUGCCUGGCACCAAUAAAUUCAAAAUUGACGCAGAAGCUCUCUUUUUGGGUGGUUUUUCCUGCAGUCACAUGGUUUCAUGUAUCGUUUCUUGUUUGUAUGUGUUUUCAUGUCUUUAUAAGACCCAAUGCAACAACUUUGUCAUAACUCUUUGUAAGGAUUUGUUGAAAGAAAUUUAUUAAUUCUCUGAUAUGAAAUAACCAUACCUGGCAAAA